AUGCAGGGAGGAAAUUUUACGCACCCGCAAAACGUAACUCAAUUUGACUCGAUAUCCAGCUAUACAGAACUUGCUCCACCAUUGUUCACUGCUAUCAUAAGUGUGGGUUUAAUCGGAAAUUUAAUGUUGAUUUACACCGCGCUCCGUUGGCCAGAAAUGAGAACACCGUGUAACUAUCUGAUCGUCAACAACGCAUCUGCUGACCUCUGUGUGGUUCUCAUUGGAGCACCUAUGCGGAUUGUUGAAGUGUACCACGGAUGGCCUCUUGGAGAACUAGCCUGCCAGAUUCUUGCACCAACUCAAGAUGUUUUCGUCGUGGUGUCGGUGCUAACUUACACUUUGAUCGCGUGGGAGAGACACAGAGCUGUCUUGACACCGUUCAAACCUAAGCUAACAUUGAGAACGAUAACAAUCGCCUCCGUUUCCAUUUGGAUUGUCUCAUACCUGAGCACAGGACUACCAAUUGCAUUACAUUGCAACUUGCAUACUAUUCAAGGAACACCACGAUGCUUGGCAACGUUUACAUCAGACAUUACUCGGCAAAUCUAUGAGUCUUACUUGGUGAUCUUUUUCAUAAUAUUGCCACUCCUCCUCCAGACAUACGCAUAUUCUCGUGUAGUUCACUGUCUAAGGCGCAAAGGAGUAGAGAGAUCUUUCAGUGGCUCCACGAGAGGAAGCGUUAAAAGAAAGAGCAAAAAACGUAAGCUCAUUCGGGUGACAAUACUUAUGAUGAUACUAUUUCAAGUUUGUUACAUACCAAGAGGUGUGUUAAUGCUCCUUUACGAAUUCGCGCGCGAGCUAACGACCCAUCCAUUUUUUGGAAGGAUCGAUCUUUUUUUCAUGGCGCUAUAUUAUGCCAAACAUGCCAUCAACCCGAUAAUAUUGUUCACUGUAAGUACAGAUUUUCGCACUCGAUUUCCGUGUAGAUUAACCAACGUAGGAAAGUGGAAUUUUCCUAUGUUCAAAAGCGUGUUCUUAACUCGUAAAUCAACUCUGAAUACUCCCUUCAUGGAAGCUGAACAAAAACAGCCUAUCAAUGUUGAGGCGAAACUUUAA